ACACACCUGAAUCUGCAGACUCUCAUUUAGAGUGCAGUUUGAUGACUAUAAAUCCACCUUGUAGUUCCUCUUACCAUUUGAUAAUCUUGGUAAUGUAGAAGAAAGUCAGACUAAAAUACCCAGCCAUGGCAGAACAACGAUACCUGUGGAACCCACAGUCGACACACGAGAGGUUUGGAUGGCAAGGGAGAGACAAGCAGUCCCGCUACACAGAAACUCUGCGAAGUACAUGGGUGCGUAAUCAAAACACACAAAGGAAAGACUUAUUUGGAGACGAGCUACCCAGAUCUCUAGGACGCAACAUGUCUUCAUCGUAUAACCGAUCAUCGAAGGAUUUUCCAAGGUCGCGGAUAUCCCAGUCGGACUCUCCACCCUCUUCUCCUUCACCGACAGCAAAGACUUUACGCCAUGAAAGAAUAUCAAGGAUGGAUUCUGGUGGCCUAGGCCUAACUACAUCUGAAAGCGCCAGUGACCGUGCAGCUGCUCGAGUGAAUGCAUAUACACAGCAACGAGAGAAUCGCUUGGCAUCACUUGGUAGUAAAUCUGACGAAGAUUUCAAAAAGCUAUACGAGAGUGCCUACAAUGAAAAUGAGAAGCUGAAAAGCAACCUCCGCGAAGCCCAGUUGGAGCUUGCAGAUAUUAAAGCCAAGCUGGAAAGAGUUGCGAAGAAACAGGACCAAUCAUCAAGUCAGGCUGGACUGCUAGAGGCUGAAAAGAGAGAGAAGAGGGUUUUGGAACGCAGGAUGACAGACAUGGAAGAUGAUCUUAAGGUUCUCACAGACCUAAAAUUUGAUAACCAGCGUCUGAAGGAUGAAAAUGGAGCCUUGAUUCGAGUAAUAAGCAAACUUUCCAAGUGACCUUGUAGAUUAGUGAAAAA